UCCAGGGGGGAAAGGCUGGCUUGGAACUUUCUGAAAUCAGGAAUUUUUUUCUUUUUUUUUUCUUUUCCUUAACUUUCACUAAAGGGAUAAGGGUUACUGUAGUCUGAGAUAACCUUCUCAAGGUCACCAAAAAACCCAAAAAAUGACAAGUUGGGCUUUUUCUUAUACUCAAUGACUUCUACCUUAAGCUAAAGGAUUAUUGCCUGUAAUGUCACUAAGAAUGUCUUCUAAUUCGGAUACUGGGGAUUUCCAAGAAUCUCUAAAGCUCGGAUUUACACCUAUUGUGUCUCAAUUUAAAAUGGUGAAUUAUUCCUAUGAUGAAGAUCUUGAGGAGUUGUGUCCUGUGUGUGGAGAUAAAGUAUCUGGAUAUCAUUACGGACUCCUGACCUGUGAAAGUUGUAAGGGAUUUUUUAAGCGAACUGUCCAAAAUAAUAAAAGGUACACAUGUAUAGAAAACCAGAACUGCCAAAUUGACAAAACACAGAGAAAACGCUGUCCUUACUGUCGAUUUCAAAAAUGUCUAAGUGUUGGAAUGAAGCUAGAAGCUGUCCGGGCUGACCGGAUGCGUGGAGGAAGGAACAAAUUUGGGCCAAUGUACAAGAGGGACAGGGCCUUGAAGCAGCAGAAGAAAGCCCUCAUCCGAGCCAAUGGACUGAAGCUAGAAGCCAUGUCUCAAGUGAUACAGGCCAUGCCCUCUGAGCUGAGCAUCUCCUCUGCCAUUCAGAACAUCCAUUCUGCUUCCAAGGGCCUACCUCUGAACCACACCGCCUUGCCUCCCACAGACUAUGACCGAAGUCCCUUUGUCACAUCCCCCAUUAGCAUGACAAUGCCACCUCCCAACAGCCUGCCAGCUUACCAGACCUACGGUCACUUUCCUAGCCGGGCCAUCAAGUCUGAGUACCCAGACCCCUACACCAGCUCUCCGGAGUCCAUCAUGGGUUACUCCUACAUGGAUAGUUACCAGACCAGCUCUCCAGCCAGCAUCCCGCAGCUGAUACUGGAACUCAUGAAAUGUGAGCCCGACGAACCUCAAGUUCAAGGCAAAAUCAUGGCCCACCUACAGCAAGAGCAGGCAAACCGAGGCAAGCACGAGAAGUUGAGCACGUUCGGGUUAAUGUGCAAAAUGGCAGAUCAGACCCUCUUCUCCAUUGUUGAGUGGGCCAGGAGUAGCAUCUUCUUCAAAGAACUUAAGGUUGAUGACCAAAUGAAGCUGCUUCAGAAUUGCUGGAGUGAGCUCUUAAUCCUGGACCACAUCUACCGGCAAGUGGUGCAUGGGAAGGAAGGCUGCAUCUUCCUCGUUACUGGGCAACAAGUGGAUUACUCGCUGGUGGCCUCGCAGGCCGGCGCCACGCUCCACAGCCUCCUGAGCCACGCCCAGGAGCUGGUGACCAAGCUGCGCUCCCUGCAGUUUGAUCAGCGAGACUUCGUGUGUCUGAAAUUCCUGGUGCUCUUUAGUUCAGAUGUCAAGAGCCUGGAGAACUUACAGCUGGUCGAGGGAGUCCACGAACAGGUCAAUAACGCCCUGCUGGAGUACACCACCUGCAACUACCCUCAGCACACCCAGAAAUUCCCACAGCUCGUUCUCCUCCUCCCCGAAAUCCGGCAGAUCAGCAUACAGGCAGAGGAUUACCUGUACUUCAAACACCUCAACGGGGACGUGCCCUAUAACAACCUUCUCAUCGAGAUGCUGCAUGCCAAGAGAGCCUGAGU